GACGUCAUUUGUUUACAAUCUGUAAAACAAAAUGUUGUGUUUUACUCUGAUGUGGACCUGAGAAGAUGGUUGUGAUAUGGAGUAUUCGUUUUUGGCAUGUUUCUUUGUCCUCGUGGUCAUCUUUUACACAGCAUCAGAAAAACAACAUGACAAUUUUUGCUGUAUAGAGAGGAAUUAUCAAUACCUUCAUUGCCAAUGGGAGGGUACCGAUAACACAUCGUGCUGGCGUCUAACAAACUCGGGGAUCCCCAAUGCCAGUAUCUAUAACAUUCAAGGAGAAGAAAAUAAGCUGUCCUGCAACAUCUCGCUGAAUAACUACUUACAACUAGAAGAAAAUGAAUUCGUUUUGAUUAACGUGUGCCGCAACACAACAAUCACUACCACAUUUACAACAACUGAUGAAUAUGUACAAUUAAAUCCAGUGACUGACCUUCGUCCAACAUGGUCGUCACGGACAACAGUGAAUCUCGCAUGGAGACUUCCGGUCUCGGCCUGCAGUGUAAAUGACGAGUCCGGCGGUAUAAACUGUACAGCUUCCAUUAACACUGACUCCAAACCAGUGCCCACAAAUUCGGGAUGGUACUUGCCCAAAGUACCUCGUCAAGAAAAAUGGACAGCUAUCAGGAAGUCGGAUUCCAGAUGCUUUGGUCCAGUCUCCAUGUCCUCGAGAUUUACUAAUCUUCAAUCGUCAAAGAAGUACAGAGUGAGAGUAAAAUGCCGUCCCUUAGGAUCCAAAUAUUGGAGUGACGUAAAUGUCUGCUACGUCACAACAAAUGUAUCAAAACCGCAGUACAAGCCAUCGUUAGAACUCGGAUCCUAUGUUUUGUAUAGGUGUGGACAUUACAAUUGCCUAACACUUUACUGGAAAAUGAGACGUUACUUGGAUGAAGAGAUCAGUGGUUACAGUUAUAACAUUUCACAAAUACCGUCCUCCGGAAACGACAUGGUGAACAGAACCAUGGUGACCAUUUUAAAGCUGCCCGUGGUUCCUGUGUAUACGCUGUCAGUCUGGGCCAUAAACACGGCCGGCAACUCGCCUCCUUCUACAAUGCAGAUUCACACUCAAAAUGGCGACAGAUAUAAGCCUUAUUACGUAUCAACUACACUAGUGAGACGGAACACGUAUGAGGUAUCAUACAAACGAAGGGGUGACAGUUCUGUUGUAGAUGCAACGGUAUAUUACUGGUGUCAGGGGGACUUCAAGGGUCGUGUAGUCGACUGUCACAAUUCCAUCCAGUGGAAAAGCGUGAACACUGGCAACCUCACCAAACGUUCCAAUAUAUACAAGUACAAUAUUACAACAGCUUCUUCAGGAGACUGGCAUUUCGCGGUGGCACUCUUUUACAAUGAGACAACAUCAGGAAUGGUCUGGGGAGAGACUGUGACAUCGGAACAAGAUCCUGUCAAAAACGCCGUGAAAUCUACGACAAUAGCUGUAGUAAGCAUUACUUGUGGUGUGGCGGUACUGAUUCUGAUAGGGAUCUGCAUUUGGUGUGUAAGGCAACGCAGUAGGGACAUGUCAAUCCAGAUCGAGGUUCCUGAGAUCGAGUCAAAGCAUAGAGGACCUGGUAAUAUAAAAACUACAGCUUAUACUACAAAAACAGUCGAAUGAAAGAUAUAACAUUUAUAUCAAUAUAAACGAUGGAUGUCGAUCCAAUGUGUGCUCAAGAAACAUGAAUUCGUCGCUGCCGUGCUGCUGUUUACUUAAAUGACUACUCAAACUUCACUUCUGGUUACAAGAAGAUAUCAAACAUAAAUCGGAUAAUUCCGGAUUUCGAUAUUAUGAUGAACAGUCGUUUCAAGUUUUGUUAUGCCGUGAAAUUAUAUUUACACUACCUCAAUUAAUAAAUUCUCUUUGUGUGUGCGAGCACGAACGCACGCAUGCAAAUAAGUUUACCUCAGAUUUCACUCAAAUUUUCAAAAAAAAUACGCUUGAUUGCUGGUUAUUACAUUUCCACAUACUGCACACCAAGAGAAGUGUUGUAUACUAUUUCCACACACUGCACACCAAGAGAAGUGUUGUAUACUAUUUCCACACACUGUACACUAACAGAGAUGUUUUUGUACUAUUUUCACACACUGUACACUAACAGAGAUGUUUUUGUACUAUUUUCACACACUGUACACUAACAGAGAUGUUUUUGUACUAUUUUCACACACUGUACACUAACAGAGAUGUUUUUGUACUAUUUUCACACACUGUACACUAACAGAUGUUUUGUAGUAUUUCCACACACUGUACACUAACAGAUGUUUUGUAGUAUUUCCACACACUGUACACUAACAGAGAUGUUUUUGUACUAUUUCCACACACUGUACACUAACAGAUGUUUUGUACUAUUUUCACAAACUUCUAUUGUGCGCAAUUCAAUUUCUUUGUACACUAUUACGUGUUACAGCUUAGAGAAAAUUAAGUGUUACCGUUUCAUGGUUUCAGAGCAUUGUUGGCACUUUACAAAAACCUCCUCCUAAUUUUGCAGUGUAUAUUCUUAAUUUUCACAUUCUAACAUCUCCACUCUUUUUCUCGAUGAUGUUUUGUAGAUUUGAAUAGUCAUGCAUGGAUAUAAAUAAUGCAUGUUGUUGAGGGCAGAAUUUAAAUAACCGUUGUCAAAGGAGGUGCACUUUGUUUUAUGCAAAUAACACAAGAGUUACUUUUCUAAAGUUUUCGGAUUUUAGAGGUAACUGUCAUGAAAUAUCCAUGUUUUUUAAAUGGUUUAAUUCUUCAAAGUUUGAGAAACAAUCACUUCUCUCUGUCCACUUACUGUGCACUUUUUAAUAUAUUCGAUCAGUGCAUACUAUCUAUUCAAGAUAUAUUACUGGAUUCAGGUACUCUUCACACAAUAUACUUCCAUUCAUGAUCAGCAGAUACAGGAUUACAAUAAAUGUAUAGAAUAUCGAUGUGUAUGUAAUACGGGGGAGAAAACAAAAUUAAAGUCAAAUGUUUUUAAGAAAAAUCACUUUCCCCCUAGAAAUGUAUAUAAGAAGUGUUCAUAUUCCUACGCUAGAUGCCUCCUCAGUCUUUUCACGAAAUAUAGGUCAUUCUUCGAUUGAAAUUUUUUUCACGAUUGAUUAUACUAUUGCAACAAUUAUAUUACUUUGAUGAAUAUUGUUCGUUAAUUAUCAUACAAUUUCUUCUGAGAGAGAAUGUUAAUCAUUAAUUUAUGUGGGGUUUUCCCGUUGUUUAAUGACGGAAUGCGUAUACAACACUCAACACCUGGAUUCGGACCACAAUUAAAAGGUGAAGGUCACCAGUCUGAAGAUAUUUGCAAUGUAUUCAGUGUGACAUAUACAUGUCUAUUUAUUUUUUAAGGGUUUCUUUGCUGUUAAGGUUAUACCAUACACAAAAUUUGGAGAAAGUGUAGAUUACAUCAAUCCUUCUUGUUUUUGCCAUUCUAAAGUUCACAUUAAUUUGUUACAUGGUAAAAAUUAGAGUACAAUUGUAUUUAUUCCGAGAGAUUUCAAUUUUUUCAUGUCUUUGCUUUGAAUUUCCAUACAGAUAUCAAAGGAAAAAUUUGGGAAGAAUGAUGAAAUAAGACUGGUUUGAUAGGGAAAUUUUGUGAAAAAAUGAUCAUUUUAAGCAAAAAUUGAGCCUGCACAAAGUAUGUGCCCCAAUAAGUUGUAUUAAUAGGUAUACGCAUUCUCAUGUAGUAUUUUUAAAGCUAUACUUUUCUGCUGUAUUUUAAUAAAUUUGCUAAUCCCCAA